UUUCUCGCGAGGGAACAGAGCGUCCGCUUCUCUUCCGACUUCUCGACAACAUAAACAACCAUGGCUGCCCUGCGCCGGCUCGUCGCGACGUUCGCCAACAUCUCAAAAGGAGGGACGAAUGCGACAGGCAAACAAGCGUCAAAGAAAGGCAAUGUGUUAAAAUACAUGAAAGCUGGAUCCUGCGUCAGCGCCGGGGCUGGGAUAGCUUAUUAUUUCUACGGUUUUGAUGGUAGGCGCUCAGGAACUGCGAGCUAUGUCGAAGCUCGAGUUUUGCAUCUGGCUUUGCCAUCAGUAUCGGCGAGCGACAAGCCGAAGGCCAGGCCCUAUGACCAGCUGGACGAGGGCUAUGUGUACAUGUCAUCGUACGAGAACAGAUUUCGCCUGUUCAGCUCCGUGGAAGUGGAAGGCCAGUUCUACAUGACACCCCGCAACUUCAUCGAGUCCGUCACCCUGGCCGAGCCCAAACGUAAAAGGGCAUGGAAGUCUCUCACGAAAAAGGAUUUGGAGCAGAUGCUGGGUGACACCCCGCCUGUUUGGAAAGGAUCAUCUAAUUUGUUCAGGAACCUUCAAGAAGGAGGCGUCAUCAGUUACACAGAGUACCUGUUCCUGCUCUGCAUUUUAACAAAGCCCCGGGCGGGCUUCAAGAUCGCUUUCAACAUGUUGGACACGGACGGGAACCAAAUGGUGGACCGGAUGGAGUUUCUGGUGCUCGAGGAAAUCUUCCGCAAGAAAAAGGACAAGAAGGAAGAGGACUCCAGGAGAUCCGACCUGAAGAGCCUUCAGCUGUACGGACAUCAGAAGUCCCAUGCACACAGCUAUGAUGACCGUAUUGCCGACACGACUCUCCUGGUGCACUUCUUUGGCAAAAUGGGCAAGGCAGAGCUGAACUUUGAGGACUUUUACAAGUUCAUGGACAACCUGCAGACGGAGAUGCUUGAGAUAGAGUUCCUGUCCUACUCCAAAGGCAUGCCGACCAUCAGUGAGGAGGACUUUGCACGUACCCUUCUGCGCUUCACCAACGUGGAGAACAUCAGCGGCUACCUAGACAACGUCCGCAACCGCAUCCCGGACGAAAAGGGAAUUACUUUUGAAGAGUUUCGCUCUUUUUUCCAAUUCUUGAACAACCUGGAGGACUUCACCAUCGCAAUGCAAAUGUACAACUUUGCCAACCGCUCCAUCGGCCAAGAUGAGUUCACCCGGGCCGUGUACGUGGCCACCGGGCUGCACCUGACGCGCCACGUGGUCAACACCGUGUUCCGCAUCUUCGACGAGGACAACGACGACAAGCUGAGCUACAAGGAGUUCCUGGGCGUCAUGAAGGAGAGGCUCCAGCGCAGCGAGAAGGGCAUCCGAGUCGAGGAAAAGUUCACCAACUUCAAGUCCUGCAUGAAGAAGGAACUUUCUGGAAAAUAGGAUCACAUUUCAGCACAAUGUUACAGUAGCUCUACAAACGGGACAUGUGGGGUGCCCCUGAAGAGGAGUGGGAAGCGGGAAGCCAUUCUCUCCAAUUGGAUGUGGAAACACAGCGUCUCUGUGUCUCUGUGCAGUGUCUUCAUCAAGUGUCUUUAAAAAAAAAAGAGAAUAUUUUAUAGAGAUUAUUGCUUCAGCUUUAAUGAUAAAGCCUACACUUUAAAUAUAAAACAUAUAUGUGUGCCAGAAGACACUUUCUAAAAGGUAGUACUGCCGGUGUGCGCAUUGUGCCCACAUUGCAAACAUGUGACACUGAUUUGUUAGCUGCUUGUUGCUAAUGCUACAUUGCGGUGUUCUGUGUUUGUUAGCUACUUCCCCCUAAUGCUAAAGUGCAGUGCUCUGUGUUUGUUAGCUGCUUCCUGCUAUUGCUACAGUGCGGUCUUGAUGUUUGUUAGCUGCUUACUGCUAAUGCCACAAAGAAGUUCCCGUGGCUCUCGGCUGCCUAACUUCUUGCUUUCUCUGUGCAGUAAGGAGCCCAUUGCUAACAUACUUUUUUUCCUGAGCGGGGCUCCAUUCAAAGAUCAGUUUAAGCAGGGGCAGUGCAUCCUCCUUCCUCCCUUCUAUCCCCAGCCCUCCUUCCUUCCUUCCUUCCUUCCUUCCUUCCUUCCUUCCUUCCUUCCUUCCUUCCUUCCUUCCUUCCUUCCUUCCUUCCUUCCUUCCUUCCUUCCUUCCUUCCUUCCUUCCUUCCUUCCUUCCUUCCCUUCUUCCCUCCCUCCUUCCUUCCUUCCUCCCUUCUUUCCCCAGCCCUCCUUCCUUCCUUCCUUCCUUCCUUCCUUCCUUCCUUCCUUCCUUCCUUCCUUCCUUCCUUCCUUCCUUCCUUCCUUCCUUCCCUCCCUCUCUCCCUUACCCCUUCCCGACUCCCCCCUCUCUCUUUCUGCUCCCAAAGACUUUGAGCACACUUUUUACAAGAGGCCUCCAGGGGUUCGUGACAGGGUCGGGUCUGUGGCUCUUCUCGUUUAAUGCUUGCAACGGUAAAUACGUGUUAGAAUGUAGGAGAUGUUACUGAAUUUAGCAGGGAGCUAUUUUUAUAAAGCUAGCAUGCAUGAGUUCUCUAGAAGAUAUGCAAAAACCCUAAAGCCAUAAAUGAAUAGUCGACCAAUAUGUGGGCACUGAACUUGAACUGUUUAAAUUUUAAAAGAAGAUCAAUUGAAUAUGUCAACCUGUUUUCAGUGUUGAAAGAAUCGUCCCUUUAAAAGAACACUGCUGAAUACUAGAGAUCUGUUACAGAUCAAAUUGUUUCUGAUUUUGUAUGUUAUUCAUAUAAUAUGGUCAGGUAGGUCUUAAAUGGUGUAAACUAGUCUUAUUUAUUUAUCUAUCUAUUUAUUUAUUUAUUACAUUUAUUUUCAUUACAUUACAUUCGUAACAUUAAUGUCAAAUGAGUAGGAAUAUUUACAAUACGAUCUACAAUAAACCGAUUUGGAUGC